UUUUCAACACAGCGAAUGGAGGUCAUACACAUACAUAUCCCUCUCCAUCCCCUCAACUCUGGAACAAACACUGAAAGUCAAGUGUACUGGUUGGAGAAAUGGGAUUUCUCUCAAAAGUUCCAUCUGCUGUCUAUUGUGGUGGAAGCCUCUGAGGUGAAUGAAGAGAGUGGGGAUCUCCAUUGGCCCCAUGAGGAGCUGCUGCUGCUCACUGAUGGUGAGGAAGAGGAUGCUGAGGCCUUCCUCCAAGACCAAAGUGAAGAGCCAGGCUGGGCUUGGAGCCCCAGAACACUUAACGCUGGACUUAGCUGGGCAGACCAGGAUGAUGAAGAUGCUUGUUGGAUUCUUGAGGACACUAAGUGUCUGGAAGCCACCAACCACUGUCCCUUCUGGGACUCAGCAACAGGCUCCUGUGUUUGUUGAAGUGACUUUGUGGAAUAUUCUUGUCUCCUGCCUCCUAAUAGCUUUGAGGGUAAGCAUUGUUCCCUCCCUCUCAAACAUCUCAUCCAGGUUUAUGAAGCUCCUUAUACCCAUCCUCUCACAAUCUCCUUUUACAGGUGAGAAAAAUGAGGCUUACAGUUUAGGCCACUAGAUUAUACAAGUCAGUCGGCGCCGGGGUUUGGAUUCAGUUCCUGUCUGCUGCUUUUAGGAGCUCCAGUUAAUUGAAACUGGGGAAAGACCCACUUGUACCUUCUCUUUUCAGCAUUCAUCUUGUGCUAAAUAUUGCACACAUCAUUGUAUGCAAUCUCUGUAACCCCAGAUUAUUCCCACUCUGCAGAUGAGUAAACUGGGGAACAGAAACAUUCAGCAAUAUGGUACCCA